AUGAGCGAUGAGCAGAAAGAGUAUGAAGCGAUGAAGCUAGUGAAUGCUAUGGACAAGCUAAUGAAAACAGGUAACCUCACAGAUUGUACCCUUUCAUUUUAUCUCUUUACUUUUUCAUGUUGUGAAUCACAUUCAGUUACCUCUCUAGAAUGUUUCGAUACAUUAACAUUCGCCAAGGCAAUGUUCAGACAUGUCUGGCAAUGUUUGGCGUAAAA